GGGGUUGUUCCCCCCCCCGCCUUCUGUGCUGUUAUAUGCCAGUAUGAUAAGGGAGGAACGCCUGAAGAUCCGUAUAAUUCUCGUGCGGCCUCCUUGCAUUGUGGCAGCUCAGCCUGAAUGUGCACCUUUCCCUUUUUUCUCUUCAAUUCCCUCUACUCUUCCCCAUACCUUUUUUUGGUUAUGUAUUUCUUUCUUCCCCUUUCUCCUUUUUUUUUUUGUGAUGGACUCUCUCUUCUUUGCUAUUUCGCAGUGAAUAAUCUGAAUGAUUACAGAAACAUGGAAUUUGCUCAACUUCCAUGGGGCCCUUUGGUUUCAUGAAUCAGUGUGCAUAAAAAUUGGAACUGCAGCAAUCAGAGCUUAUCUAUAUAAAUGAAUUACUGCUAUUAAAGCUGUAAAAAAAAAAAGUGUUCUGAAUCACUGAGCAUACCUGUUCAAAUUCAAUGUCUGUUUAUAGUGGAUUUUAAUCCCUCUGAAUUCUUGUUUAUUUGCUUGUUUGGCUACAGGCAGCUCAUAAACACUGGGGCUGUAACCAAGUGCACCUCAACAACAAAGUCUGCGUUCUUCUUGCCUUCCACUAGAAAAAGUUUAUGACCUGCCGUUCCCCCAGAGGAAUGAUCAGGGACUCUGCUCUGGCUCUACUGACGUGGCUGUGCUUGAUCAGUAACCACCUGUGUCACUGGGCAGCAGUAUAUAAAAAGUUGAUCUUGUAGAGUGGUGUUGUGAGUGGUGUUGAGAAAAUUUAGAUGUCUUCAGAAGACAAAGAAGCUCAGGAGGAUGAGCUGCUAGCUUUGGCUAGCAUCUAUGAUGAAGAUGAGUUUAAGAGAGCCGAGUCUGCCCAAGGAGGAGAAACAAGAAUUUGUUUGGAGUUGCCCCAAAACUUCAAAAUUUUUGUGAGUGGCAAUUCCACGGAAAGUGUCCAGCACAACGGGUUUGAAUACACAGUUUGCUUUUUGCCUCCACUUGUGCUGAAUUUUGAACUCCCACCAGAUUACCCAUCAACCUCCCCACCUGUGUUUACCCUCAGUGGCAAAUGGCUGUCGCAAGCCCAGCUCAGUGCUCUUUGCAAACACUUAGACAACGUCUGGGAAGAGAAUCGAGGCUGUGUGGUCUUAUUUGCCUGGAUGCAGUUUCUGAAGGAGGAAACACUGAGUUACCUGAAUAUUUCCUCCCCGUAUGAGCUAAAAAUGUGCCAUCAAGGAAAUGGGCAGAGUAGGACACCUUUGGUUCCUCCAAAUGCUGAGAAGGAUUGUGGUGGUGCAGCAGGCUCUGCUGCAGCUGAAGGAGAGAUCAUUGAUGAAAGAGCUGUACAGGACGUGGAAUCUUUGUCAAGUCUGAUUAGGGAAAUCUUGGACUUUGAUCAGGCGCAGAGGAGGAAAUGCUUUAACAGUAAGAUGUACUUGUGCAAUAUCUGCUUCUGUGAGAAGCUGGGCAGUGACUGUAUGUACUUUACUGAGUGCAGCCAUGUGUACUGCAAAGCAUGCUUGAAGGACUACUUUGAAAUACAGAUCAGGGAUGGUCAGGUCCACUGUCUCAACUGUCCAGAACCGAAGUGUUCCUCUGUUGCUACUCCUGGCCAGGUUAAAGAGUUGGUUGGAGAGCAGUUGUUUGCACGUUAUGACCGCCUGCUUCUGCAGUCUAGUCUGGACUUGAUGGCAGAUGUAGUGUAUUGCCCUCGUCCAGGCUGUCAGACACCAGUCAUGCAAGAACCAGGUUGCACCAUGGGCAUAUGCUCCCGUUGCAACUAUGCUUUUUGUACUCUCUGUAAAAUGACUUACCAUGGAGUCUCUCCGUGUAAAGUCACUGCAGAGAAAUUAAUGGAUUUGCGUAAUGAAUAUCUAGAAGCAGAUGAAGCAACUAAAAGAUUUUUGGAACAGCGUUACGGCAAAAGAGUGAUUCAGAAGGCCCUUGAGGAGAUGGAAAGUAAAGAAUGGCUAGAAAAGAACUCAAAGUCUUGUCCUUGCUGUGGUACUCAUAUAGAGAAAUUAGAUGGCUGUAACAAAAUGACGUGUACUGGCUGCAUGCAGUAUUUCUGCUGGCUUUGUAUGGGUUCUCUGUCAAGGGUGAACCCAUAUAGGCACUUCAAUGAUCCAUCUUCCCCGUGCUUUAAUCGGUUGUUUCAAGCUAUGCACAUCGAUGGUGAGUUCUGGGAUGCGGAAGAUGAAGACUAGCAGCUCUUCUCUAGCAACAAAAGCUGAAGAAACCAGACACAGAUGCUUUCCAUUUUUGUGUCAAGUUUUUUUUGCUUUUCAGUUCCGUUAUAUGAUAGAAGAAUGAUACUACUUGGCACUGCACGUUACUCUUACACAACUCUUCAGAGGCUGUUGUCAGAACCAGAGGAGACCGUUUUGCCCAUCCAGUGGUGACUUAAGGCCCUAAUGCUAAAGACAAAUACAACCAGCCAGAAGUUUAAAAAUUACUGGAAAAAAUGUGUACCGAGAUGUGCCCCUUUUUUUUUUCUUUUUUUCUUUUUUUUUUUAAUUUAACCUGCCAAAUCAUAGAAAUAUUUUGAGGUUUCCUCCAGGGAGACUAGCCUUUCAAGGAUCUUGACUUCUACCCAUGUGCUUUUUUGGGCAGUUUCAUUAUAGCUGUAAUGUUCUUUCUGGAGCUUUUUAGUGAUGCUGCUUGGGCAAGGAAAGCUUACUGAAACAACACAGACAAUUCUUCUUUUUUCAGCAUUUGAGCCUGUUGCCUCUGUAGCAUUUCCUGACCUGUUUCUUUGAAAAACAGCUCAUCACUCUGGCACUGAUGCUUUUAACAAUGAUGGUAAAGUUGGUUAUCCCUAACCCCCUUUUUACUGGCUCUAACGCCUGGGUCCUUUACUGAAUGCUUUUGCGGAAGAUGACCAACAACUGUUUCCUGAAACCUGACUCAAUUUGGUGACUGAUAUCAAUGUUGUUGUCAUACUAACUUUUAUUGCCUCUCUUUAUUUUGGCAGUGAUGAGUGCUAAAGCAAUGAAUAGAGUCUGUGGCCACUGAGAGAAUAAAAAUAACGUAUCUCAAA